AGCGGGGUGGGGCCGUCACCUGACUCAGACCUUACAUAAGUUAAUAUUCAAGUCGCGGGCCCGCCCAGACCUUGUGACGGGAGAGCCGGGGCCGGAGCGGUGGCGGCAGGGAUGCAGAAAGCGGUGCUGGUGACGGGAGCGAAUCGCGGGCUGGGCCUGGAGUUGAUCCGCCAGCUGAGCCAGGCUGAGCGGCCGCCGCGUUACCUGUUCGCCGCCUGCAGAGAGCCCGAGGGAGCCCGGGGGAGGGAUCUUAAGAACUUGGCAAAAUGUGUCUCAAACAUAAAAAUAGUUAAGAUGGAUGUGGAUGACCUUGACAGCAUUCAAGCGAGUGCUGAAGAGAUUCAAAAGGUGUUGAAAAACGAUGGCCUGAAUCUGGUAAUAAAUAAUGCUGGGAUCAAUAUUAAUGGAGGUCUGAAUGAAGUUACCCCAGAAAUAAUGAUGAAGACUCACAAGACCAAUGUCGUUGGCCCAAUGAUGGUUACCAAGGCUUUUCUGCCAGCUUUAUUGAAAGCAGCUCAUCAGAGUGAUGAACCUGGCCUUAGCAGUAAGAAAGCUGCAGUUAUCAACAUGUCCUCUAUCAUGGGCUCCGUGGAGUCUUUCAACAUCGAGCAUGGGAAAGCAUACGCCUACAGGAUCAGCAAGGCUGCGCUGAAUAUGGUCACCAAGUGCUUAACUAAUGAGCUGACACCCCACGGAAUCCUUUGUGCUUCAGUGCACCCAGGCUGGGUCAAAACAGACAUGGGUGGUGAAAAGGCACCAUUAACCAAAGAGGAAAGUAUACAAGGGCUAAUCAGGGUGCUUUCGAAGCUUUCAGACAACGACAAUGGAUCAUUUUUAGACUGGAGAGGUGAACGUAUACUUUGGUGAAGACUAACUUGCAUGAAUUAAUAUGAAAUAGAAAUGGAAAUUAUUACCACUGUGGAAUUCCUGCUUCUAAGAAUUGAAAACUGAUGAAAUAAAUAUAUUUUUGAAUUUAUAAAUUUAGUAUUGCAUAAUGGAAGUAAUUGACAGUACUCUUGAUGUAUCUAACACAUCUUAAUAAAUAUAAAUUCUGAAUAAAAUUAUCACAAUUUAACUGAAUUAUGUGUAUUGAAUUUC